CUACACGAGGAGGGAGGUGCAGUGCUAAAUCCCGGUGUUUCCGUGUUUUUUUCCUGCCAGGUUGGGGACAAUGGCUUCCUCUGACUCCUCUGCUGUGUCUGAGCUCUGCCAGAAUGGGAGCCAGGUCUUUAUGGACGCCUCGCAGCUGCUGCUAACUUAUGCUGACAAUAUUUUAAGGAGUCCAAAUGAAGAAAAGUACAGAUCAAUACGAAUUGGAAACACAGCAUUUUCCUCCAGACUUCUGCCUGUCCGAGGAGCUGUUGAAUGUUUGUUUGAAAUGGGAUUUGAAGAGGGAGAAACGCAUCUGGUGUUCCCUAAAAAGGCAUCUGUGGAGCGUCUGCGGAAUGUCCGAGACCGUAUAGCGGCGGAGAGGAAUAAGAGGCUGGGUGGAUCAAACAUAACGCCACCAGCAACAACCAGUGUGCAGCCUGCUCCAAGCAGACCACUUGACCCAGUCCCAAGCACUUCUAGCCGGACUCAAGAACAAGCAUCAAACUUCUUGGGUUCAGAAAUAAAAUUAUUUAAAACGCUACAGUCAAACUCUCAACAUGUUCUUCUGUAUGAGAAACCUGAAUUCCAGCAAAAGGCAUUACAAGUUAUACCGGUCUCUGAGUUGAAAACGAAAGCAAAAGAACAGCUGUUGAACGCGAAAAGUAUCGAAGAAGAUACCACUGUAAAUGACGAAGAUUUCUUGAUUUUGGAACUACUGCGUUGGUUUAAGGAGGACUUCUUUAAGUGGGUGAACACUCUUCCUUGCAGUCACUGUGGAGGUCAGACCACAGCUAAAGGUGCUUUAUCCCCCUCCACUGAUGAGCUACGCUGGGGAGCAAACAAAGUGGAAAACCAUUACUGUGAAAACUGCCAGCUUAUUAAUAGAUUCCCUAGGUACAAUGACCCUGGAAAGCUUCUGGAAUGGAGACAUGGGCGUUGUGGAGAGUGGGCCAAUUGCUUCACUUUAUGCUGCAGGGCCUUAGGGCUAGAAGCUAGAUAUGUCUGGGACUCCACAGAUCAUGUGUGGACUGAAGUGUUCUCUACUUCCCAGCACAGAUGGCUUCAUUGUGACCCCUGUGAAAACGCCUGUGACAAGCCUCUCUUAUAUGAGAUUGGAUGGGGAAAGAAGCUUUCUUAUAUUAUUGCAUUCUCCAAAGAUGAGGUUGUAGAUGUCACCUGGAGGUAUUCAUGUAAGCAUGAUGAGGUGAUCUCUAGAAGAAAUGAUGUCCGAGAAAGCUGGCUUCGUGACACUAUUUCUGGUCUCAGCAAGAUGAGACAGCAGUCCAUUGAAGAGCACAGAAAAAAAGAACUUCUUGGAAGAUUGAUAGUAGAAAUCGUUGAGUUUAUGUCUCCUAAGACGCCCAAGCCUGGAGAACUUGGUGGUAGGAUAUCUGGGUCUCUAGCAUGGAGGGUGGCAAGAGGUGAAAGUGGUGCAAAGCACAAGAGUGUUGUUUUCAUCCCUUCUGAAAAGGAGAAGUGUGACAAACGGUUCCACCUUCAGUAUAAUGUAGUUGAAGAUCGCUAUACAAGAGUUUCAAAUGACAAUGAGGCGAUUGCUGGCUGGGAUAAUGGAGUGUGGAAGACGGAGUCAGUAUUUAGGAAAGUAGAAAAUGACUGGAAAAUGGUUUAUUUAGCGCGCAGUGAAGAUUCCUCAUCAGCUAGUAUUAGCUGGAAGUUUGAAUGUGCUUCAGUUGGAUUGAGAGUGGAAAGUAUAAGUGUUUGUACCACUAGCCAGAGCUUUCAUAGUGGAAGAAUCAAGUGGAAGUUGUGUUCUACUGAAUCAGAGGUGGAAAUUAAUCCUGAUAAAACACUCCAUUCUUAUACUGAGUUUGUAAAUGCUGCAGAACUAGUGCUGCAGGCAGAACUGAGUGGCGGCGAUGGAAAUUCAGCAUGGCAACAUACACAGCUGUUCAGAGAAAGUUUAAAUGAUAACGAGAACUCUUUAGAAAUAAUUAUAAGCCUUAAAGAGCCUUGAGAUUUUUUACUUGAAAUUUUCCUGAUGAUCUCUUGCUAUUCACUAACUUGGUUGUAAUGUUAUAUUAGCAUACAUUGGAUACAGUUUCAAGGUUAGUUUUUUUAUUUUAUUUUUUUUUUUACAACUAAUUUCUUGACUUUCUGAACAUUUCCCCAUACGUGUUAUUAUUGUUAUUGAAUUGGUUUGAUGAUUUUCUUACUAAUUAAUACCAUAAGAAAUAAUACUUACUAUUUCUCAUUAAAGGAACAUUGUAUUGUAAAAUUAGUUUCACCUUACUGUCUUCCCAAUGAUUGUUAUAGUAUGGGAAAUUGCACCUUUAUUUUUGAAUAUGAAAUAGCUGUUUUCGUUGCUUUAAGCAGCAAUCCAUUGUUCUCAAGAACACGCCCAUGCACAUGGGCUGAGCCUGCAGAAAUUGCAGACCUUCUUUUGUUAACUCUUAUCUCUCUAUACACUGUGGCCAAUACUUAGAGAUAGCCGUUUAAAUGGAAUUGUUGAUCAUCCCUCUAUUUCACCUACCACUGCUGCUUGCUGCCUCUCGUUUACAUAACUUUUCUACAGAGAAUACUAAAGUAUUCAUAAUUUUGUUAUAGGUGGUGGUUUUAACAGGCAAACAUAACUGUUUUAAAUGAUAAAGUAAAUGAGCUACAUUAAAUGUGAUACACCCCAGCAUGUAGCAAUAGAUCAUUGGAAAAAGUUUAAUGUAGAUACAUUUUUACAGUACAAUGUCCCUUUAAUUAAAAGUAAUAUAAACUUUCAUGAUUCAGAUAGGUUAUGCAAUUUUAAACAACUUUCAACUUACUUUUAUAAUAAAAUUUGCUUUGUUCUCUUGGUAUUCUUUGUUGAAAGCUAAACCUAGGUAGGCUCAUAUACUAAUUUCUAAAUCCUUGAAGGCCGCCUCUUAUCUUAGUACAUUUUGACAGUUUUUUAUAGCUAGACACUGCUAGUUCAUGUGUGCCAUAUAGAUAACAUUGUGCUCUUAUGAGUCUGCACUGAUUGGCUAAAAUGCAUGUCUGUCAAAAGAACUGAGAUAGGGGGCAGUCUGCAAAGUCUUAAAUACUAGGUAAUCACAGAGGUAAAAAGUAUAUUAAUAUAAGCGUGUUGGUUAUGCAAAAGUGGGGAAUGGAUAAUAAAGGGAUUAGCUAUCUUUUUUUAAACAAUAAACAGUUUCAGGUAGACUAUCCCUUUAAUCCUUAGUGCAAGGCUCAACAAAUGUCACAUGCCAAGUACCCAUGGGGACCAAAACAAUCGCAGCCAAUAUGUACAUGCAAAGUGGUGGCUGAUUUAACUAGUGAUAAUUGCAGAGAUGCACCUGACCUGCCAAUAUAUUUUAUGGGGCCAAUUUAUUAAGUUCCGGACAGCAUACGCUGUCGGCAUUUAACAUUGCACAAGCAUUUCUGGUGAAAUGCUUGUGCAAUGCCACCCCCUGCACAUUCACGGCCAAUUGGCCGCUAGCAGGGGGUGUCAAUCAUUCCGAUCGGAUUAGGAUGAGUGCAGUCCACCACCUAGAAGGUGGCAGACAAGCUAAGGAGCAGCAAUCUUAUGACCGCUGCUUCUUAAGUUUCUGGCGAGCCAGAAACUACAGGAGUAGAUGGCAGCAUCCGCUGCUUGGUAAAUCACCCCUAUUAGCUUAGUUGAGCAGGAGACACUUCUCCUGCACAGCAUCUCAUGUGCUCUGUUAGAUUUCCUGUCUUGCUGGCACUAUUCCCCAGUAGGAGAUCAGCAGAUCAACAGAUGAUUGAAGAGAAGCUCUCAGGAAGAUGCUCACUAGUUGUGCCACCACUCACUUACCAGACUACCACUAGUUGACCCCUUAGGAUAAUUACAUCCCAAAAAUCCUGACUCUUACAUUUUGAGCAUGGCUGUUAGAUACAACGUAACAUUUGUUAAACCCUGUCUUGGUGACCGUAAUAUUUAUAGUGCUUUUAGAUCAUAGAAGAUAUAUGGAAACCUCACAGGGCAUUAAAUAAGACUAGAAAGCUUCAGAGAACCACCAAUUAAUCUGAAUAACUUGGAAGAAAUAAAAAGUCACUGAUCCCCUUUCUAACUUUAUUAUUAUUAUUAUUAUUAUUAUUAUUAUGUCUUUAACUUCCCUGUCAAUGAAAAAGAAUGAACAUGUCCAAAAUACAACUGAUUCACUAUUUGACUUUUUUUUUUAUUGUCACUUAUUAAAUUACAUUUUUUACCAGGUUUGUUGUUUUUUUUUUUUUUUUUUUUUUGUUCUUUGUUUUUUUGCUCAUGUGGAGAAGGAUAAUGAUAGCAAACAUAUUGUGAUCAGAUAGAUUUCUGAACUGUCAAACAUGUCAAUACUGUAUAAUAAAUGAAAUCUGUUACAGGGCAUUGUGAGUGCAAUAUUAGUAUGAACUCCCUACUUGAUGUCACGCAUAUUUUAAUAAAUUGUUGAUAUUUA